GCAAUUCCGCCACUCCUUCAAUGCUUCGCUGGCUAUUCCAAUCCCAUAUGCAGUGUGUACGUGAUAUAAUUGUUUGCCGCAGGGAGUCUACUGCCCAUUCCGCCGUGAGGCGCCGUCAAACUGCCCCAAACGGCAAUCCGCGUAAUGCUGUUGAAAAUAGCGGCGGAAUUGGCAUUCCAGACUUCGUUCAAAUCCACCGGUCGGUCAGCGCGCCAGUGCAACCCCUGUGUCCCAACGCCUCUUCGGCCAGUGCACCCAUGUUUCUACUCAGCCGAAAUUCCGUUUUGGGCAGCUUUUGCAACUGCGUCGAUUGUAGGCCCCUGGCCUGGGCUUGGGUUGGUGGACGAGGCUCAGGUCGAGGUUCAGGUUCUAGGUUCGGCGGCGGGCAAUCGCCGGGCCGGCGGUUGGUGCAUCUUUCCUACCUUUCUCGGGCACAUUCCUCAACAGCGUCAGCAAUGCCAAUGUGCUUGCAGCCAUACAGAUGCUGAUGUGACCUUCCACUUUUCCAUCUCGUGUACACUUCCCUGUACGAUGCGGAUGUGCACUGCCAGCUGUGCAGGUACUCGGAGUCAUUCCUGCCGUCCAUCCAUGAGCCGCAUGCGUCUGGCAGCUUGAUCGUCGUAUGCAGGUUCGUCAUGCGUCAUUCGAAUGCUCGGAGAAUGCAAUGCGUGCCGUUCGA